UGCCACGUGCCAGUGCCCAUCAGUGCUACAUAUCAGUGCAUACCAGUGCACAUCAAUGCCACAUAUCAGUGCCCAUCUGAGCUGCCUUUCAAUGUCACCCAUCAGUGCCAGUGCCCAGUCAAUGCCAAUCAGUGCCACCUAUCAAUGCCAAUCAGUGCCGCCUAUCAGUGCCGCCUAUCAGUGCCAUCAGUGCUGCCUUUCAGUGCCCAUCAGUGAUGCCUGUCAAUGCCCAUCAGUGCAACCUACUAGUGCCUCCUCAUAAGUGCCCAUCAGUGCCACCUAUCAGUGCCCAUCACUGCAGCCUCAUUAG